AUGGGCCAAAGCAUGAUCAGCGAGAGGAAGCAGUCGCCGGACUACAAGGAGUCGGCCUAUGAAAGGAAAGUGCGGCUGCGCAAGGUGGGGGAGUUUGGCAGUUUGGCCUUUGCCGCACUCCAAAGUGGGCUCGAAAGCGCCGAUCUUGCGCAGAUGGCCAUGUGGAACGCGGCGCAGAGAAAAGGCGUCAACGAGGCUCGGCCCAGCACGGUGCAACGGCCCCAGCGCCCCGGCUUCGCCUUGUUCGACCACGUGUUAGACUCCGUGGGCGCCAGAGACAUGACCACCAUCGACAUCAAGGUCACGCUUCAGAAGCCGUUAGGCAUCGAGUUCGAAGAACGCGAGAACGAUCCCAACAGAGUUUGGGUCCUUCGCGUGCUAGAGGAAGGCUCCGCCUUCAAGGAUGGCGAGGUCGAGAGUGGUGACUUCCUCGCCUCUGUGAAUGGCGUCGACGUGGAGGACAAGCCUUACGAGGAUGCCUUGCAGUACCUGGUGGAUGCUGAGGGCGAGAUUGAGCUGGUCUUCAAGCGCAUCUACGUGGCCUGA